AUGGAGUAUCUUAGCAGACACCUAAUUGAUCCCAGUUCAAAGAAAGAAUUUAAACAUCACCCAAAAUGUUCAAAGCUGAAAAUUACACAUCUCAGUUUUGCGGAUGAUUUACUUCUUUUUUCUAGAGGUGAUCCUAAAGCAGUGGGGCUUAUACAUGAUAGAUUUGUACUCUUCACCAAAACUUCAGGGCUUCAAGCUAAAAUGGCAAAGAGUGGUGCUUAUUUUGGAGGUGUAGAUACUUCUAUCAGGACAAUAAUCUUGCAACAGUUAGGUUAUUCUCAGGGUGAUCUACCGUUUAGAUAUUUGGGGAUUCCAUUGGCAUCCAAGCAACUAUCUCUAGUUCAAUGGCAACCUUUAAUUGAAAAGAUUGUUUCAAAGUUUUCCUCUUGGACAGCCAAAACUUUAUCUAAUGCAGGUAGGGCACAACUUGUAAAAACGGUGUUGUUUGGAGUUCAAUCAUCGUUUGGGCUCAAAUUUUUAUGCUACCAGCUAAGGUGCUUAAAACCAUUGAAGCCUACUGUUGAAGUUGUAGCUGGUCCGGGGCUAAUGUGA